UUCCGCUUCGAUUUCUCCGCCUCGCGGUGAUUGAUGAAGCGGAACUCCCCCAGCGAGGCGGCCAUUCAAUCUUGCGUUGUGCGUGGCUCGAGGGUGACGCCUGGAGUUUACCUCGUGCUGUGUUGAGCAGAAAAGAAGAAGCCUGUCAGGCAGUCACCUCGUCUCGUCACUUGGCUGCUUUCCUAGCCUGUCGCUCGGCGUAUAUUUUUGCAACUGGCUCUCCUGUUUCGCUUUCGCCCCUUACACUAGUCUCAUCGCUAGUCUCCUUGGAAGUUCGGUCCAUAGUUGGUGUCGUGACUCCAAGAUACAGUCGCGACGGAGUAGAGCGACUAUUAGCCACCUGUUUGACGGUCAUUCUCACACCCGCUUACUUUCUUGAGACGCCUUCAGUUGAUAUUCUCAAGCAUGCCCGUAAAAACCAGCCUCCUUAUGUUCUAUAUGCGCAGAACAGACCGCCGCUGCGGCGAACGCUUCUAACGUAUCUCGCUGUAGACUUCCUCGUUUUUAGGUAUUUCCAAGCUCGCGAUUCCUCCACUGCUGCCUCGAUACCUCACUGCCUCGCGUCCUCUUAUCCCGUCCGGCCAUUUCCUUCCUCUCCCCCUCUCGCCGCGCGCGCUGUGGUCCGCCGCGCUGUUCCCGAGGCACGUCAAGAUCCGCAGCACAGCGUUUCCGAAAGCAGGCUUUCAGGCGCGGCGAACGCGGCAAACGCGCCAGCAAUGACCGGCCGCGUCUGCACGCCGCGGAGGGCAGUGCUCGCUAUUGCGCCGCUCGGGCUAUGCGCGUCAGUCCUCCACCUGCUGGCUUGCGCGUCUGCCGCUUCAGCGUCCGUGCGCCGCCCGGGUCCAGACUCGAGUGCCCGAGAUUCUGCAUCUAUUACGCAUCGGUCCCUUGCCGCCGCUACUCUGGGCGCCCCAUGCCGGUAUGGCGGCAACAUCAUGCCCGUUGACUGCUCCCCGGGCCUCAAAUGCCAACCCGACGCCUCCACCGCUGUCGCCUCCGAGCCUACUUCCGAGCCUAACCCGAACCCUCUCGCCAGGCCUGGCAACUUUGGUGCCGGACCUCAGGCUCUGACCAAUAACCCGGACUUCGCCACCACGGGCAAGUGCGUUCCAGAUGACUCGUCCACGUCAUCCUCGUCCCCAUCCACGUCAGCUCCAUCCAACGCCACGUCACCAUCUACCCCUAAUUCAUCAAUCCCCCGCGCCCCCUCCUCUGGUGCUACAUCCGUGCCUAGUCUCGGCCCUGGGCCCCUAGAAAAGCCUUCAACGUGUGCUUACAUGUGCGCCAAGGGGCAGUACCAUGGCGACAUGCCGUGCCCCAGGGGGUAUACCUGCGUGCUCGCCCUGGAGGGAGGCGUGCAACUCCCUCCUGAAACCCUAGAAUCGCUCAUCAAUCCCCUCGCUAUGUCCGCUGCUCUUAACUGCAGCAACAUCAGCGACACCACCGCUGGUAAUCGCCCCAUAACGCCUAUGAGCAAUGCAAGCAAUGUGGAUUUUAUCAAGUCAACUGGGGGGGUCAUUCCCUACGAAGGCAUCUGUGCCCCGAGCCAAUGGUUCGGCCCGAACGUCUCGCCGGACCUCCUCUCGGCACCAACUUCUGCAGGCUCCGGUGUCUCUGCCAGGGCUGUCUUGGGAGGCUCGGGAACCGUGCCUGCUGCCAAACCUGCUGCAGGGAAGGCUGGGAGCAACUGCUCGUUUGGAGGGGAGGGCGCUGCAGUGCUGUGCAACCAAGGGUACGCGUGUCUGGUGGAAGUUGAGAAACGGACGGUGAACCACCCGCUGGUGCAUGGGGUGUGUGUGAGUGUGGCGCUGUGCGACCCGUACCUGGAGGAAAAGAUAGAGGAUGAAGCCAAGAUGGGGAGCUCCGGCAAUAAGUCUGCAGGUGGUGGUGGGGGGCGGCUGCCCGGUCUGGGAGGACAUAGGCUCUGGAUUGCUGUACUCCUAUUUGGCAGCCUCAUGUUUCUAUAGAAGGUUGUGUGGAUCCCCUCUUUUUAUCUGAGGUUGGGUUUUGAUAUUCCCAGGAGGGUUUGCCCCGAGGGAAGGUCUGGCCCUGCUGUAUGCCCUCUUCAAUUGCUCCUGCUGUUCUUGCUAUUGCCUGCUUAGUUGCUCACAGAUACCGGUAUUACAUUAUCAUGCAAUUGUACCCUAGUAUGCUGCUGUUGCAAAAAUAUUAGCUGCCUACAAAAU